UUCAGUUUAAAAAACCAGCAAGGAUUAUUAGUGGAAUUUUCUGCAUUUCCACAGAGGUUCAUUGACCUUCUGGAGCAAUGUAUAUUGGAGCAAGACAAACCUGUUCCUAGGUUUUUACUUCAGUUGCUGACUACAUCAGAUGGCCUGGACUGUAUGGCUGCAAGCUUAAAUGUAAUUGAAACAAACCCAUUCAAGCACCUAAUCCAUCUUUCUUUAAAACUUGUGGAAGGCAGUGACAGUGAUGUAAAGAAGUAUCUUGCCACCUGCAUUAAGAGCUUAAAGCUGGAAAAUUCUGUUUUAAAAGGAAAGUUGCAGAGAUCUGAGGAGGAACUUUUUCAGAAACUUUCUGUAACCCAACAGGCCCUGGCAGAGAAAUGCAAGGAGCUGGAUAAGCUGAAAAAUGAAUGGACUUCACAGACCUCUUUAUUAACAAGUAGGCAU